AACUGGCACAAGCUGUAUCCCAUUGCCCAGGGAGAUCGCCAGUCACCCAUCAAUAUCAUAUCCAGCCAGGCUGUGUAUUCUCCCAGCCUGCAGCCAUUGGAGCUUUUCUAUGAAGCCUGCAUGUCCCUCAGCAUUACCAAUAAUGGCCACUCUGUCCAGGUGGACUUCAAUGACAGUGAUGACAAAACUGUGGUAACUGGGGGCCCCCUGGAAGGGCCCUAUCGUCUCAAGCAGCUCCACUUCCACUGGGGCAAGAAACACGAUGUGGGCUCAGAGCACAUGGUGGACGGCAAGUCCUUCCCCAGUGAGCUACAUCUGGUUCACUGGAAUGCCAAGAAGUACAGCACUUUUGGGGAGGCGGCUGCAGCCCCUGAUGGUCUGGCUGUGGUUGGUGUCUUCCUGGAGACAGGAGAUGAGCACCCCAGUAUGAACCGCCUGACAGAUGCACUCUACAUGGUUCGGUUUAAGGAUACCAAGGCCCAGUUCAACUACUUCAACCCCAAGUGCCUCCUGCCCACCAGCCUGCAGUACUGGACCUAUCCCGGCUCCCUGACCACACCCCCGCUCAGUGAGAGUGUUACUUGGAUUGUGCUCCGGGAGCCCAUCAGAAUCUCUGAGAGGCAGAUGGAGAAAUUUCGUAGCUUGCUUUUCACCUCAGAGGAUGAUGAGAGGAUCCACAUGGUGAACAACUUCCGGCCACCACAGCCGCUGAAGGGCCGGGUGGUCAAAGCAUCCUUCCAGGUCUGACCUUCCCACCUGCCCAACCAGCCACUGGGGCACCAUCUUCCCAAGGGCUUCCAUGUCAGCGGACACCAAACCAUCUGCGGCUCUCUCCCUGAGGGUGCUGGGGGCCCUCCUUCAGCUGGCUCGCCCCUUGGCUACAUUGGAGGGUUCUUGAUGGGACUCGAGUUGGGGGUACCCUUCUGCUGCCCUGGGGGCUGGAAGAACAGGAACUGAGCAGGGGCUAAGCCUGGGCUGCCUCUGCUCCC